GGCGUCCGGGGGAGCUGUCAGAACAGCGGCACUCGAGCUACCCCCCUUGAGGGCCAUGGGACUGCCCGAUGGGUCCGACCACGGGACACAACAGACGCAGGCACUCCUGUCUACAACACAAGAAAUGGAGCUGCAGAGGCGAGACUACCACGUGGAAAGGCCGUUGCUGAACCAGGAGCAGCUAGAGGAUCUGGGGCACUGGGGCCCGGUGUCCAAGACCUACCAGUGGCGAACUUGGUUUCGAUGCUCCCGCGCUCGGGCCCAUGCACUUCUGCUCCAACAUGUUCCGGUCUUGGGCUGGUUACCCCGCUAUCCUGUGCGAGACUGGCUCCUGGGUGAUGUGUUAUCUGGCCUGAGUGUGGCCAUCAUGCAGCUCCCACAGGGUUUGGCCUACGCCCUCCUGGCGGGAUUGCCUCCUAUGUUUGGCCUGUACAGCUCUUUCUACCCCGUCUUCGUCUACUUCCUGUUUGGUACAUCUCGCCACAUCUCUGUGGGGACCUUUGCUGUAAUGUCGGUGAUGGUGGGUGGUGUGACAGAGUCCCUGACCGCAGACAAGGCCUUCCUGCAAAGCUUGAAUGCCACAGCUGAUGAUGCCCGUGUGCAGGUGGCCUAUACACUUAGCUUCCUGGUUGGCCUCUUCCAGGUGGGGCUGGGCCUGGUACACUUCGGCUUUGUGGUCACCUACCUGUCAGAGCCUCUGGUCCGCAGCUAUACCACGGCUGCAUCUGUGCAAGUCCUCGUCUCACAGCUCAAGUAUGUGUUUGGCAUCAAACUGAACAGUCACUCUGGGCCACUGUCCGUUAUCUAUACAGUGCUAGAGGUCUGUUCACAGCUGCCAGAGACUGUGCCCGGCACCGUGGUGACGGCGAUUGUGGCAGGAGUGGUACUUGUGAUGGUAAAGCUGUUGAAUGAGAAGCUGCGGCGACAUCUUCCCCUGCCCAUACCUGGGGAACUGCUCACGCUCAUUGGAGCCACUGGUAUUUCCUACGGUGUGAAGCUGAAUGAAACAUUCCAGGUAGACAUUGUGGGCAACAUCACCACAGGGCUGAUACCCCCAGUGGUACCCAAGACAGAGUUGUUUGCAACGCUUGUGGGAAACGCCUUUGCCAUCGCUGUGGUAGGAUUCGCCAUUGCCAUCUCCCUUGGGAAGAUCUUUGCCCUGAGGCACGGCUACCGUGUGGACAGUAACCAGGAACUGGUGGCCCUUGGCCUCAGUAACCUCAUUGGAGGCUUCUUCCAGUGUUUCCCCGUGAGCUGCUCCAUGUCUCGGAGCCUGGUACAGGAGAGCACCGGGGGCAACACACAGGUUGCCGGAGCCAUAUCUUCUCUUUUCAUCCUCCUUAUUAUUGUCAAACUUGGAGAACUCUUCCGAGACUUGCCCAAGGCCGUCCUGGCAGCCGUUAUUAUCGUGAACCUGAAGGGCAUGAUGAAGCAGUUCUCUGACAUCUGCACCCUUUGGAAGGCAAAUCGCGUGGACCUGCUAAUCUGGCUGGUGACCUUUGUGGCCACGAUCCUGCUGAACCUGGACAUUGGCCUGGCAGUGUCCAUAGUCUUCUCCCUGCUGCUCGUGGUGGUCCGAAUGCAGCUGCCCCACUACUCUGUCCUGGGGCAGGUGCCAGAUACGGAUAUUUAUAGAGACGUGGCAGAAUACUCAGGGGCCGAGGAGGUCCCUGGCGUGAAGGUCUUCCGUUCUUCCACCACCAUGUACUUUGCCAAUGCUGAGCUCUUCAGUGACUCUCUGAAGCAGAAGUGUGGUGUGGAUGUUGACUACCUCAUCACCCAGAAAAAGAAGCGAAUCAGAAAGCAGGAGAUGAAGAUGAAGAGGAUGAAGAAAGCCAAGAAGUCCCAGAAACAGGAUGCCUCUUCCAAGAUCUCCUCAGUUUCAGUCAACGUCAACACCAGCUUUGAAGACAUCAAGAGCAAUGACAUGGAAGGCUCCGAGGCCAAGGUGCACCAAGGGGAGGAGCUGGAGGAUGGAGUCGCAAGCAAUCAAGAUGCCAAGGCCCCGACCACGACCACACUGCAGUCCCUGGGCCUGCCCCAGCCAGGCUUCCAUAGCCUCGUCCUAGACUUGAGUACCCUCUCCUUUGUGGAUACCGUGUGCAUCAAGAGCCUGAAGAAUAUUUUCCGUGACUUCCGGGAGAUCGAAGUGGAAGUGUACAUCGCAGCCUGUUACAGUCCUGUGGUCACCCAGCUUGAGGCUGGACACUUCUUUGAUGACUCUAUCACUAAACAGCAUCUCUUUGCCUCUGUCCACGACGCUGUGACCUUUGCCCUCCACCACCAGAAGUCCAGCCCUAAGAGCCCUGUCUUGGCCACCAAACUCUGACUUUGCUGCAAGAGACUGCCUACCUCUGGAGGCUGUGACAGGUCACUCUUAUGAAACCCCUUGCCUCUGGGCCACCUCCAGGUGCCACCCAGGACUCUCCGUUCCAUGUCCAUGCACAUACAGCUCAUGGAUGGAUACCCUGGGACUCCAAAGAGUGCUACAGGCCUGGGGCAGGGUACCGCAGUCAGGCUGGCCUUGGCUGGGUGCUGCAAG